AAAAUAAGAAGUAAGUUAUUAAAAUUCUAAGAAUAUUUGUAAAAGACUUCAUUGAGAUCUCCAAUAUUGGAGAAUUGAAAUAGGUAAAUCUUUUCUUCGAUUCAGUAACAAUGCAGUAUACGGUGUUCCGGAUAAUUGCUGCUGCUGAGUUUGUUAAGCAGAAUUCUUGGCCAGAACUUGUGCCUGAACUCCGCUGUGCUAUUCAGAACAGUAAUUCCAUAAGUAGUAAUGCAAAUGGUGCAUGGAAUACCAUCAAUUGCCUUGUGGUUCUUCAUUCGCUGGUUAGGCCAUUUCAGUACUUUUUGAAUCCUAAAGUUGUCAAUGAGCCCAUACCACCACAGCUUGAACAAAUUGCAGGAGAGAUAAUUGUACCUCUGUUGGCAUUAUUUGAUCAUCUUAUUGAAAAGGCUGUAGCGACCCAUGGUAGAAUUGAAGUUGAAACGGAGAAGAUCAUUCUCAUUGUUUGCAAAUGCAUGUAUUUUGCUGUGAGGUCAUAUAUGCCAUCAGCUUUAGCCCCUCUUCUGCCUGCAUUCUGUCAUAAUGUAAUUCGCAUUCUUGGUUCAUUGAGUCUGGACUGCGAUUCUACUUCAGAUGAUGGGUACUUGCUGAGGUUGAAGACUGGAAAAAGGGUUUUGCUAAUUUUCUGUGGACUUGUAACCAGGCACCGGAAAUACUCUGAUAAGUUAAUGCCUGACAUCAUAAACUGUGUUCUGAAGAUUGUCAAGUGUAGCUCAAAUAUUGUUAAGUGCAUACCUUGAGUUUCUAAUACCUGCAACUUUAUUACUUAAUGCUUUCUUCAUCAUAUCUGAACUCAAAAGGAUGACAUUUUUUAUCCUGUAGAGUUUUGUGAGACUAUUAGAGUAUUGUGGAGACCAUUAAAGUUAAUCCUUCUUU